AAAAGCCGAAUUUUAAAAUUUAAAACAUUAACAGAAAUACAUCAAACCCAACAAAAUGGCAUCUAAAGUCGUAGCUGCUCUCUUCGUAGUUUUCUUAACUUUCCAGGCAUCUGAUGCCAGGGCUCAAAAAGUAAACGGUGCCUUCGAUGACGCAAUUAACGUGGCUGAAAACAUCCUCGGAGUAGUAACCAAUAUCACCAGAGACGUUUUGGACUUGGCCGAAAACGAACUUAAUACUAUCAUCGACGAACUGGACAAAAUCAAAGAAGGCGGAGACGCAUAUGCCAAAGAAGUAGUCGACAAGGAACUAGCUGAAAUCCGUAAACUCAUUGACGACUUCAAGAACAACACAGACGGUGUCGCCAAAGAAGUUUUGGAAUGUGUCGAAGGUGUAGAAGGUGAUGUUGAAGCUCUGGAAGUUUAUGCUCUCAACGCAUCAACUGCUUGUACCGACGGAGCUGUAAAAGCAGUCGUCAGCGACAUUUUACCAAUUCUGGAAGCUAUUAAAGAAGCUGACGAACAACUGGCUGCAGAAAAAGACGCUUUGGAUCUGUGUAAAAAUGAGCUCAUCCCCAUAACUUGUAUCAACAAUGUUGUUAACGAUUUAAUCACCAUCGUUUCGAAAGUCCCAUCCUCCAUUGAAAACGAUGUCGCCAAAAUCAAAAGCGAUUUUGAAGUUUUGGAAGAAAAAUUAGAAAACUGUGCUAACGACGUUGUACCUGAAGUUGUAGCAAAGGCUGCCACACUUGUAGAUGACUUCUCUGCCUGCCUUCAACAAUAAAUAUAUAUAGAUAUAUUUUUUUAUAAAAGAUAUUUUUAUAUAAAAUUUUAAUAAAGCUAAUUAAGAAAAAUA